AGACGCAGGGAUGAGCUCCGGGGAGGACGGCAGCCCCAGAUCCCCAGGGAGGGACCCGGAGCUCCAGGUUACCACCAAAGAACAUGAUUUUGGUCUAGGGGCUCCAAUUUCUGAAGUUGAAAAAUACCAGAAUACUCUCCAACUAGAACAAGAAGUGAAAAACCAAGAUAGAUUCAUCUCUACAUUGAAAUUACAGAUUGAAGAUCUUAAACAGACAAAUCAUGGCUUGGAAGAAUAUGUUAGGAAACUCUUGGAUAGUAAAGAGGUGGUAAGCAGUCAAGUAGAUGAUUUAACUAGUCACAAUGAGCAUCUGUGUAAAGAAUUGAUUAAAAUUGACCAACGUGCAGAGCAACUAGAGAAAGAGAAGAAUUUUGUGGUGGAUACCGCUGACAAGGAACUUGAAGAAGCAAAGAUUGAACUUAUUUGCCAGCAAAAUAAUAUAACUGUAUUGGAAGAUACAAUAAAAAGGCUUAGAUCUAUAAUUUUAGAGACUGAAAAAGCACAAAAUAAAUCUCCUUCCAGACUUGAUUCCUUUGUCAAGACUUUAGAAGCAGACAAAGAUCACUACAAGAGUGAAGCUCAAAAUUUGAGAAAGAUGAUGAGAAGUAGAUCUAAAAGUCCAAGACGCCCAUCUCCAUCUUCCCGGGUUGCAAACUGUGAUGUAGAGCUAUUGAAAACAAGAGACCGUGAAGAACUUAAGUGCAUGCUGGAAAAAUAUGAGCGUCAUUUGGCAGAAAUUCAGGGUAAUGUCAAGGUUCUGACAUCUGAGAGAGACAAGACCUUUCUUCUUUAUGAACAGGCACAGGAAGAAAUUGCCCGACUUCGACGAGAAAUGAUGAAAAGCUGUAAGUCUCCCAAGUCAACCACAGCGCACGCUAUCCUCCGGCGAGUGGAGACAGAAAGAGAUGUAGCCUUCACUGAUCUGCGAAGAAUGACCACAGAACGAGAUAGUCUGAGGGAAAGGCUGAAGAUUGCCCAGGAGACAGCAUUUAAUGAGAAGGCUCACUUGGAACAAAGGAUAGAGGAGCUGGAAUGCACAGUUCAUAAUCUUGAUGACGAACGUAUGGAGCAAAUGUCCAACAUGACUUUGAUGAAGGAUACCAUAACCACUGUGGAGAAAGAAAUGAAAUCCUUAGCAAGAAAGGCAAUGGACACCGAAAGUGAACUUGGCAGACAAAAAGCAGAGAAUAAUUCUUUGAGACUUUUAUAUGAAAACACAGAAAAAGACCUUUCUGAUACUCAGCGACACCUUGCUAAGAAAAAAUAUGAGCUACAGCUUACUCAAGAGAAAAUUAUGUGUUUGGAUGAAAAAAUUGAUAAUUUUACAAGGCAAAGUAUUGCUCAGCGAGAAGAAAUCAGCAUUCUUGGUGCAACACUCAACGAUCUGGCUAAAGAAAAGGAGUGCCUGCAAGCAUGUUUGGACAAAAAAUCGGAGAACAUUGCAUCCCUGGGAGAGAGUUUGGCCAUGAAAGAAAAGACCAUUUCAGGCAUGAAGAAUAUCAUUGCUGAGAUGGAGCAGGCAUCAAGACAGUCUACAGAAGCCCUAAUUAUGUGUGAACAAGACAUUUCCAGAAUGCGUCGACAACUGGAUGAAACAAAUGAUGAGCUGGCUCAGAUAGCCAGAGAAAGAGAUAUCUUGGCUCAUGAGAAUGACAAUCUCCAAGAACAGUUCUCUAAAGCUAAACAAGAAAACCAGGUAUUAUCCAAAAAAUUGAAUGAUACUCAUAAUGAACUAAAUGACAUAAAACAGAAGGUCCAAGAUACUAACUUGGAAGUUAACAAGCUGAAGAAUAUAUUAAAGUCUGAAGAAUCUGAGAACCGGCAAAUAAUGGACCAACUCAGAAAAGCCAAUGAAGAUGCUGAAAACUGGGAGAAUAAGGCCCGUCAAACCGAGGCAGACAAUAAUACCCUCAAACUGGAACUGAUCACCGCAGAGGCAGAGGCUAACAGAUUAAAAGAAAAAGUAGAUUCCCUCAAUAGAGAGGUUGAGCAACACUUAAAUGCAGAAAGGUCUUACAAGUCCCAGAUUUGUACGUUACACAAGUCUGUUGUAAAGAUGGAAGAGGAGCUUCAGAAGGUUCAGUUUGAAAAAGUGUCUGCGCUUGCAGAUUUGUCUUCCACAAGGGAACUCUGCAUUAAACUGGACUCAAGCAAAGAGCUUCUUAAUCGGCAGCUGAUUGCUAAAGAUCAAGAAAUUGAAAUGAUCGAGAAUGAGUUAGAUUCAGCUCGUUCUGAAAUCGAACUCCUCAGGAGUCAGAUGACAAAUGAGAGAAUCUCCAUGCAGAAUCUAGAAGCUUUGCUGGUGGCCAAUCGAGACAAAGAAUAUCAGUCACAGAUAGCGCUUCAAGAAAAGGAAUCUGAAAUUCAGCUUCUUAAAGAACACCUUUGUUUGGCAGAAAAUAAAAUGGCCAUCCAGAGUAGAGAUGUGGCCCAGUUCAGGAAUGUGGUAACGCAACUGGAGGCUGACUUAGAUAUUACCAAAAGACAACUUGGGACCGAGCGCUUCGAGAGGGAGAGAGCUGUACAAGAACUUCGCCGCCAAAAUUAUUCAAGUUCUGGAUAUCAUAUGAGUACUACAAUAAAGCCAAACACCAAAUGUCAUUCACCAGACCGUGUUCACCAUCGGUCUCCUGACCGGGGUCUUGAUCGAUCGUUGGAAGAGAAUCUUUGCUAUAGAGAUUUCUAACACACGAAGAUUCUUCACAGCCUCGAGGAAGCUCAAAGUUACCCGGAUUUUUGGGGGGCUUUGUUUUUGGUUUUUUUUCUAUAUGAUUGCAUUUAUCUUUUGAAUGCUUGACAAUGUUAAAUGUAUUUAUUAACUUCGUGCCUCUGAAUCUCUGUUGUCAUGUGCCAUAUCGCAGUGAGCCGAGAUGACUUAUAGAAACAGAAAUGCAUAUGGCUCUUUCUAUCCACACAGUAGAAGUGAGUGUAACAUCCGCUCACUGCACUAUUGAAUCCUGUUAUGUUAACUGUCUGGAGUAAAUAAAGAAACUUAUUAAAAAGGGAAAA